UUGAAUUCUUCAUCGUCUAUUUCUUUUCCUUCCUAUUUGAUCGCUAUCUUUCCCAGAGAAUCCGAUCCCUUCACGAGAGAACUUUCACCAAUGGAGAACAACAACAACAACACCAGGAUCUACCAUCUCUUUGUGAAGCUCUUGGACGGCAAAACCCAAACUCUAAGAUUCACAUCCCCAACUGUCUCCGCCCUUACCGUCAAGCACCGUCUCCAUGAAACAACCAGAAUACCCUCCCGCCAUCAGCGCCUCGUCACUGGUGGCCUCCGCCACAUCUCCGACGACUCCGUGAUCUCGUGCCCCGACGACGGUGCGGCGAUAUUCCCCACCGUCCAUCUCCUGCUCCGCCUCGUCGGCGGGAAGGGAGGGUUCGGAUCGCUCUUGCGCGGUGCGGCGACCAAGGCUGGGCAGAAGAAGACGAACAACUUCGACGCGUGCCGCGACAUGAGCGGGCGGAGGCUACGGCACGUGAACGCGGAGAAGAAGCUGGAGGAGUGGAAGGCCGAGGAGGAGCAGAGGAAGCUAGAGAGGGUCGCGGAGGAGUUCAUCAAGAAGAAGGCUAAGAAGGGGAAGAAGGGGGUCGGAGAAGGCGAGGCCGAGAAGUACGUGGCCAAGUACCGAGAGGAGUCGGAACGGUGCGUCGCGGAAGUUCUUGAGUCGGUGAACGAGGCGGUGAAGCGGAAGGGAGUUCCGGUUGGGGGAACAGAGGCGAAGCGGUUGAAGAUUUGGAUGGGGAAGAGAAAAUUUGGUGGAAGUGAUAGUGAUGAUACAGAUGAAGAGGGCAGUGAUGAUACAGAGGAAAGAGAGAAAUCCGUUGUAUUGAAUAAUGGGAAUCAUUCUGAUUCGAGUAAGGAAGCUGAUGGGAGUUCUGGUUCAGUCACUGGUGGGAAACAAGAUGAAUUUUCUGGUGGAGCAUCCUCUGAGAGUGGCUCUGAGGAAGAGAAAGAAAUUGUUUUGCAGGGAAUAGUGGAAUCUGGUGGAUGUGAACGGAGAGAAUCUCUUCAUGCUGACGUGGUUGAACCAGUAAUUGAUGAAAAAAUGGCUCAGAGUACAUCUGUACCACUGGUGUCUGAAACUGAAGCAUUGCUAGCUGAAAAGCAGGGUUGUAAUGGAUUGGAAAUUGCAAAUCUGGAAGAAGCAACUGGUCAACCCCAAAAUGUCUUGAUUGCAGGAAAUGGGGAAGGUCUUGAAAGCGCACCAGUUGAUUGUGAACUCAAUACUUUAGAUUAUAAGUCAAGAGUAUGCGAGGAAACACCUCCCAGUACAAACACUGCAGAAAUGGAAACACCCCUUAAUUUUGAUGGAUUCAAUUCAGUGGCAGAAAUGGAGGUUCUUGGGAUGGAAAGGUUAAAGUCUGAAUUGCAAGCACGCGGGUUAAAAUGUGGGGGCACUUUGCAAGAGCGCGCUGCCAGGCUUUUCCUGCUUAAAACUACGCCUUUGGAGAAGCUUCCUAAGAAGUUGCUGGCAAAAAAAUGAGUAUGUAAUGUGUUCAGCUUACUAGGAAUUGUUGUGGAGGAAUAAGAACUAAGAUGAAUCGUGUAAAUUUUUUGAACCCUGUUCAGCAAUAGUUGUAUUUGGAAAUGUAAAAUAUAUGCUAAUGUGAUAAGAAUAUGUAUGACCUCA